GCCGAGGCUCGGAGCGUGUGACGCCGCAGGCCGCGGCGGAGCUGGGGAUUAAUGGGAAAAGUUUUGGCAGGAGCUGGGGGAUUCUGCGGAGCUUGCGGGACGGCUGCGGCGGCGGCGCGGGAGGCGACCGGGACAGUGCUGCGCAGCGGUGUGGGCAUGCACGUGACACUCACUCAGUGGCUCCUGCUCACCGACAGAUGAAGACGAACCCACGGUAAAGGCGGUCCAUCUGCGCUCAGACCCAGAUGGUGCCAGAGCUAUGACCCGGCCUGCAGGCGCCACGCCGAGUGGGGGUCCGUCAUGGAGCAGCCGCAGGAGGAGGCCCCUGAGGCCCGGGAAGAGGAGAAAGAGGAAGUGGCCACGACUGAAGGGGCCUCAGAGCUCAGCGGGGGACCAGAGCACGUUCUUCCUUCCGGCAGCUGCGCAGACCUCUCCCAGAAUUCCUCCCCUUCCUCCCUGCUGGACCAGCUGCAGAUAGGCUGUGAUGGGGCCUCCAGCGGCAGCCUCAACAUGGAGUGCCGGGUGUGCGGGGACAAGGCCUCAGGCUUCCACUAUGGGGUCCAUGCGUGCGAGGGGUGCAAGGGUUUCUUCCGACGGACAAUCCGCAUGAAGCUUGAGUAUGAGAAGUGCGAUCGGAGCUGCAAGAUCCAGAAGAAGAACCGCAACAAGUGCCAGUACUGCCGCUUCCAGAAGUGCCUGGCGCUCGGCAUGUCGCACAAUGCCAUCCGCUUCGGACGGAUGCCAGAGGCCGAGAAGAGGAAGCUGGUGGCAGGGCUGACGGCCAAUGAGGGGUGCCAGCACAACCCACAGCUGGCCGACCUAAAGGCCUUCUCCAAGCACAUCUACAAUGCCUACCUGAAAAACUUCAACAUGACCAAAAAGAAGGCCCGUAGCAUCCUCACCGGCAAGUCCAGCCACAAUGCACCCUUUGUCAUCCACGACAUCGAGACACUGUGGCAGGCGGAGAAGGGCCUGGUGUGGAAGCAGCUGGUGAACGGGCUGCCACCCUACAAGGAGAUCAGCGUGCACGUCUUCUACCGCUGCCAGUGCACCACGGUGGAGACCGUGCGGGAGCUCACCGAGUUCGCCAAGAGCAUCCCCAACUUCAGCAGCCUCUUCCUCAACGACCAGGUGACGCUCCUCAAGUACGGCGUGCACGAGGCCAUCUUCGCCAUGCUGGCCUCCAUCGUCAACAAGGAUGGGCUGCUGGUGGCCAACGGCAGUGGCUUCGUCACCCAUGAGUUCUUGCGCAGUCUCCGCAAGCCCUUCAGUGACAUCAUCGAGCCCAAGUUUGAGUUUGCUGUCAAGUUCAAUGCACUGGAACUCGAUGACAGUGACCUGGCCCUUUUCAUCGCUGCCAUCAUUCUGUGUGGAGACCGUCCAGGCCUCAUGAACGUGCCGCAGGUGGAGGCCAUCCAGGACACCAUUCUGCGGGCUCUGGAGGUCCACCUGCAAGUCAACCACCCUGACAGCCCAUACCUCUUCCCCAAGCUGCUGCAGAAGAUGGCCGACCUAAGGCAGCUGGUCACUGAGCAUGCCCAGAUGAUGCAGUGGCUAAAGAAGACGGAGAGCGAAACCUUGCUGCACCCCCUGCUCCAGGAAAUCUAUAAGGACAUGUACUGAGCCUGCAGCCCAGGCCUCUCCAGGCUCCAGCUGCACCCAGCCGUGGGACUGUUCUGAGUAGCAGCCCACAAGCACUGGGCACAGCCCAGGCAGCUGGAGCCCAUUCGCAACACUCCAGACACGCGGCCCAGACUCCCACCUUCCCGCCUGCUGCCAAUGUCUCCCCAGCACCCCUGCUCUUCCCCCUUGCCUUCUGCAGCAUCCUCCUCCUCCCAGCCUGUCCCACGUCUGUCCAACCCAUGUCAUUGAGGCAGUUGGUAUACUCACCAUCAGCCCAGAGCAGGACCUCUGCCUUUGCCCACACUCCCGGGAGCAGUGGGUCCUGCACCGGCCCGGUCCUGCCUCACCUCUGUCUCCCUCUUCAGUGACCUGAGCCAUCCAAAGAAACACUAAGCUCUGGGCCCAGCUUUCCUAGAAGCUUGGCCUGGACUGACUGCUGUCCUAGGCUGUGGUCACCAUCACAGGGCUCCUCCUGCAGAGGGGAGUAGACAAGGAGCCUGGGCCGGGAGCCAGACUGUCUCCUCAACCCAAGGCACCCCGCCCCAACUCUGACACCUUCCAUUCUCCUUGCCAGUGUUCUAGGCCAUUGCCACUGAUGUCCCUUGCACUGCCCUGGGGAUACCCCUUCCGGAUGGGGUCCCACACCCCAUUUGAAGUACUGAUGCCCAGGACUCAGGCUUGGGUCCCAGGGUUAGAGGUCAGACAGCACAUGGGGCAGGCUGUCUUCUCAGUACCCCACUGGCCUCCACCAUGUAGCUGCAUUCAGACUGGCAGAACCCAGUGUGAGGAACAGGACCAUAGCUGCCCUUUCCUCUAUCCGGAAGACGCUGCACACCCGCCCCCUGCAACUGCCUCAGUGUGACCAUGGCACUGGUUCACCUCUCAGUCACCACAGAACCCCUACCUUGCUCUCCACAAGGAAUCUGGGAGACAGCUAUGUCCCCCGUGCCUAGGGUUGGUGAUGUGUGAGCGGUCAGGGGUGUCAUGCCAGCUCACAGGCGGAGUCGCCAGGGCUCCUCUGACCAGUCCCUCUCACAUUCACACACCCAGCAGCUCUGUGGCCACCUUUUAUGCCUGGCUGGUUACCAGCUCCCAACUGCUGCUUCAAGAGGCAUGGAGCUUGCUGGGUGCUCCCAUCCUCUGCCCAGCCCCCUCCAGGCUCUCCUGAGACCAAGAGCUGAGUCCAGGCCCAUCCUGCCCAAACCCACAGGGAGCCAGCAGCCAGGCUCUCAGAGAAAUGCAGUGGAAGCCUGGGCUUCAAGCCCUGGUGUCCUGGAACCUGUCUGAUGGUCCUUUGUCCCCAGGGCCUUGGCCAUCAGACCACAGCUCUGGAGGGAAGUGACUUGGAAAGGGGACAGAAUGCUCCUGCCAAUGCAGUGACCUUCCAUUGCCAGAUUAUCCCUGCUAGCACAUUCCCCGCCCCCACCUCCACUGAUCAGGUCUUGGGGUCUUCCCUGUGGGGGCCCAGGCUGUGGAUGGAGCUGCAUUCCCUGACCCGCCCUGUCCCCGCCCCCACCCAGGUCUGGUGCUGAGGAUGCAGCUCCUCUCAGGGUCUGAAGUCUCCAAAACUAAAAUGUAUAUUUUUGCUAGGAGCCCCAGCUUCCUGUGUUUUUAAUAUAAAUAGUGUACACAGACUGACAGAACUUUAAAUAAAUGGGAAUUAAGUAUUUAA